UUCUGAACUUAAUUUGAUAUGAUGUAUGAUUCAAGUUAAUUGGGUUUUUUAAUCAAUAAUGGAUGGAAUUAGGAUUCUUGAGGUUAAAAUUUUAUUAGAAACGGAAAGGAUGAAUAAACUCCACAAAUAUAAUAUAGGGAUGGAAUUAAAUCAUAUAAGAUGAAUAAAUGGAACAAGCAUGGAUAAAUUUAGCGAAAUAGAUUUAAAAAUCUUUCCACAUAUUUUUCUGUUAUAGAAAAGUGCGACUAUUUAAUUUUUCAAAGAAAGUUAAUUUUUAAUCUACCAUUCACUUUGAUUUUAUCCCGUUAAAAAAUAAAAUGAUUUCCAGUUGGUACCCAAAUUAGAGAUAAACAUGGGAAGAAAAAAUGAAAGAUAUAAUGGACUGUAACAACUCCCGUGAGGUUAGGUAUAGGAAGUAAACAAGAAACAAAAUCAUCUAAAACAAACAUACAGUAUAUUCUCUUAAUUAGUUAUAGUUCGAUCUUCUCUUAGCCUUAAUAAUUCCGUCUUAUAAUUUUUGUAUCCUUGGACAAUGUCUACAACCCUAUCGCCUGACAAUGAUUGCAACCGUUCCCACCCCAAAAUGGAAGAUAGGAAACCCUAUGAUGAGGUCGUCACUCCAAUUGGCCGUGCAAUUUAUUAUGUUUUGGCAGUGUCUUCUCUAAUUGGUCUUGCCUACUCCAGUGGUGCUCUUUGGCCGUCCAAGCGAGAGGACGGAUCGCUCGUUGAGAUCCCAAACUCCAAAUACUUAGCUGUAGUUCUCACAUCUCUCUAUGCCAUUGGUCUCACCCGAACAUUCUUCUUCGAUCGUCCACCUCCAAGUCACAAGAUCGGACCACACUUGGAAUGGUUUUACCCCUUCUGCGUCUAUAUGACUGCAUUCGUUAUUGCGUUCACAUGCCAUAGUGACUUUGGAGUGGUGUUUGCAAUUUCUGUGAUCACUUGUGGCAUUGCGAUCUUCCAGCUAUCACAUCCCGUGGAGGAAUUUAACGUCGGAAAAUCUUUAUGUGUUAUUAUGUGGUCAGUACUUAUUUGUCUAUGUUUCACCGAAGGCAAGGAUGCGAUUCAGGGAUUCAUUUGUGGUUUCUCAGCUGUUUUCAUGGGUGUUUUCAUGGUGGUUGUAAUUCGUGAUCUUGAAACAGCUCAAUUCUGUUCUCAAUGUAAUGGCCGAGUCACAUCUAAACAAUAACACUAUUAUCUCUUCGUUGCAUUUCAUUCAAUCUCUUCUAUUGCUUAAUUAGAGUAAAUUCAUUAUGCUUUUUGUAUUCAUUAAAAACUAUGAAGAUUAAAUCCUUUAGUUAUACUAGCAGAGUUUCCAAAGAUUUUUUUUUUUUCAAUAUGUUUUUAGUGAUUGUGGAUUAACAACUCUUAAUACAUGGCCUAACAAAUCAUAAGAAUUGGAUUUUUUUAAAGGCUUUUACAUUUUUAAAAAUGUUUUAGUUUUCCUCAAUGUUAUUGUUACGAUUAUAUAUGGAGAUAAGUAUAAAUGAAACGUGUUUAUAUAUCCUAAUACUGUAUUAAUUAAUAUUCUAAUUAAUAUCAAACGUUUUAUAUUAAUGUAAAGAAGAAAACCUCCUGAAUAUUUUUCUUUAUUUAUAUUAU